AUGCACGGCCUCUUGGUGAUAAGGAAAGUCAGUCAUAUAGCAUGUACAAUUUAUGAGCGGUGCUCAUGUUCACCACAUGAGGAAACAAGACCUUCGUAUGGCGAUUUCGUGUUCAACCUUCCCUUAUACAGUCCAUUGUCGAUGACCCCACAACCUGACGACCUGAUGCAACCAGCUGUUGAACAACAACUAAACUAG